GUCGUUAGAUUGGGAUGCGGGCUCUGUGUCCCCAUUUAUCAUUAAUUUCGUCAGCUCAUCCAACUCCCUCUUCUCUCUCUCUCUCUCUCUCUCUCUCUCACAGUCUCAACCCCCAUCGCAUCAAAUAUUAAAUGUUAAAACCACCCUAGUACUAGUUACACACACAAACCCAACAUUUUCCAGCGAAGAAGAAGAAUAGCUUAGCAAUUUUCUAAGUUGUUGUAAUAAUAAGCUAUGUCUACCAAUCAAGAGCUAAAGUCCGAUGCUUUGAUGGAACUGAUGAAACAACACCUGGCUUCUGAUGCCGGUAAACAACUCACUAAGAAAAUCAACCUCGUUUAUCAGAUCAACAUCGCUCCUAAGAAAAUUGGAUUCAAUGAGGUUGUUUAUACCGUUGAUCUGAAGAAAGGAGAGGUCACCAAAGGGCCAUAUGAAGGAGGAAAGCCAGAUGCCACGUUUUCCUUCAAGGAUGACGAUUUUGUUAAGGUUGCCUUGGGGAAGAUGAAUCCUCAAAUUGCUUUCAUGAGGGGUGCAAUGAAAAUCAAGGGUAGUCUGAGUGCAGCGCAGAAAUUCACUCCUGACAUUUUCCCCAAGCCUUCGAAGAUGUGAGCAGAUAUGCACGAGAGUUAUUGCAUUACUGUUUCUAUCUCUACUAAAUGGUAGAGCUUUAGACUUAUCAUUUCACCUCUGAAUUAGGGAACAAGAAAUCAAUAUGAAAUCUUUUAUUAAUAUCUGUCUUUAAUAUAUGCACAAUCUUUCUUAUGUUAUAUGAUCUUGAAAAUUGAAAUUUAAAGAAUCUUUCUUAUGUUAUAUGAGGAUUAUGGAUCUGGAAAAUUGAAAUAUAAAGUUGGAUGAUGCCAUCCAUUUUGGA